UUCUAAUUAAAAAGCAGUGUUUCCCUACAGAAGUGAUCCAUGUGGUGCUGAUUUGCCAUGAAUAAUUCUGUGUAUAUGGUUGAUGGUGAUUCUGAUGAGGAAAUCUCUACCCAGCAAGCUAUUCAGGAAAGCUUACAAGAUUGGCAAAAAUUUGAAACAAGUGGCAGUGCAACAGAGGUUGAAAGUUUCCAGUAUACCACAAGUAAGGAGCAUGGGCAGAUCAUUGCAGCAAUUCGCACAGGCCAAGAGGAGGCCUUGAAGAAGUUGGUGAGGCACAGUUCUGCUUUUGAAGAAGCAGAUCAGCAAGGCUGGCUUCCUGUGCAUGAAGCUGCAGCACAGCUAAAUAAGAACAUCCUUGAAAUAACUUUCAAAGCCUCCCGUGACAUUACGUGGGAACAGUCCACGCUAAAAGGGGAAACACCUCUCUUGGUGGCAGUAAGAAAUUGUUUUGUGGACAAUGUCCACUUUCUCCUGCUCAAUGGCUGCAAUCCCAAUGUUAGAAAUGAAGAGGGAGAUUCUCCUUUAGUUAUAGCAAUUAAACUUGAUUCCUAUGACAUCGCCUCCUUGCUGCUGCGAUCCGGUGCCAGAGUGAAUCUGCGCUGUGUCCAUGAGAGAACUGCUCUGCAUGAGGCAGCCAGGCUGGGCAGGAAGGACCUGGUACAGCUUCUCCUGGAGGCUGGAGCAGAUCCUGACCCCCGCAGUGGCUAUGGCCUCACACCUCUAGCACUGGCUGCACAGAUGGGACACACGGAAAUUAUGGAGCUCUUACUGCUAAAAGGUGCAGAUGUUCUUUCACAGGCAAUGGACUGUGCUUCCAUAUUGUUUGAAGCAGCAGGAGGAGGAAAUCCAGAUUCUGUGAAUCUUUUACUAGAAUAUGGGGCUGAUGCCAAUGUACCAAAGCACUCGGGUCAUUUGCCAAUCCACAGAGCUGCAUAUAGAGGACACUUUCUAGCUCUAAAAUAUUUAGUUCCAGUGACUGAUUUUUCUGCCAUUAAAGAAAGUGGGAUAAGUCCAGUGCACUCAGCAGCAGCAGGAGCACAUCCCCAGUGCCUUGAGUUUCUCCUGCAGUCUGGUUUCGAUGCCAAUUUUAUGCUGGCUCAGAGAGUUCGCAAGGGCUACGACGACCACCGGAAAUCAGCGCUGUACUUCGCCGUCUCCAACGGGGAUAUCUGCUCCACGCAGCUGCUGCUCAACGCCGGAGCCCUGACAAACCAAGAUCCCAUCAACUGCCUCCAAAUAGCCUUGAGAAUGGGCAACUACGAGUUAAUGAAUCUGCUGCUCCGCCACGGGGCCAACGUCAACUACUUCUGCCGUGUGAACACCACGCAUUUCCCUUCGGCCCUGCAGUACGCCCUCAAGGACGAGGUGAUGCUGAGGAUGCUGCUGAACUAUGGCUACGACGUGCACCGCUGCUUCGACUGCCCCUGGGGCAGCGGGGACCACUCCCAGUACGUGACCGACGGCUGGACCUCCACUGUCAUCAAAGACACCAUGUUCUGUGAAGUGAUAACCUUGUCCUGGCUGAAGCACGUGUCUGGGAAAGUCGUGCGAAUCAUGUUAGAUUACGUUGAUCAUGUUAAGAUUUGCUGGAAGCUCGAAGCAGUUCUCAAAGAACAGGAACUCUGGCCAGACAUCCAUUUCAUUUUAACAAACCCUCGCUCUCUGAAGCACCUGUGCCGGCUGAAGAUCCGGGCGUGCAUGGGGCGGCUGCGUCUCCGCUGUCCUGUCUUCAUGACCUUCCUUCCACUGCCAAACUGCUUGAAAGAUUACAUCCUGUACAAGGAAUAUGACCUUUAUGGGCAGGAAAACUUCACAGGGAUCUACAAGCUCAACUGUGCAUAA